UCUAUCCCGAAUCCAGAUUCUUGUGAGUGAGCGAGAGUCUCGUUAACAGAAGCCGGUCGUGCUAAAUUGCGUCAUGGGGUUACUUGACCAGCUGUGGGACGACACCUUGGCGGGGCCUCGGCCGGAGUCCGGGCUUGGCAUGCUCCGGAAGAACUCCGCCUUCAGUUUCCAAACGAAAUCCGGCAAGGAAUCUAAUGUCGGGAACGUGAGAUCAAACGUUGACGAGCCGCCUUUGGAGGCGACAAAAGUUACACGGAGUAUCAUGAUAGUAAAACCACCUGGUUACCAGAACGGAUCGCCGCCUGUUUCUCCGGCAGGUUCUACUCCUCCGGUAUCUCCUUUCUCUGGUAAUCGAGAGAGUUUUCGGUUUCGUAGAAGGUCUACAUCGGAUGCAUUCGAGAAGGCAAAAGGGGAUGGACUCCGGAGACCUACUACUCCUUUCGACGUGUGAUAUAUAAUGAGGGACUACCGGGGGAGGCAACUAGCUUACUACUCCUGUCGACUGUGUACUGUUCAAAGUUUUCUACGGUUGUGUGUGUGUGUGUGUGUGACUAGUGUGUAUAGGCAUGGCAGUAGCGGGACAUUGAAGAAGGUUUUAAGGUUGACUGUGGUGUGAAGAGAUGAGAAAGGGGAUGCAUGGAGGAGUAGAAGUUUUGUAUGUAUAUAAUGUUGUAUGUAUGUAUGUAUAUAAUAUAGGCAAGUAGUUGUGUAUGUAUUUGUUGUUUUUAGAAUAAAAGUGUAUGGUGGGUUUCAUGGA